CUCCUUCCUUUGAGUGGGACACAGAGGAAGCCUUGGGAGUUCUAGUCGUCCUGCAACCUGCUUUGAAAAAAUGGUUACUUUCAGGUUCCAUCAGUAUCAAGUCGUUGGGAGGGCUCUCCCUACAGAAUCGGAUGAACACCCGAAAAUUUACCGCAUGAAGUUAUGGGCCACUAACGAGGUUCGAGCCAAGUCGAAGUUCUGGUAUUUUCUGAGGAAACUGAAGAAGGUCAAAAAGAGCAGCGGUCAAGUGCUUGCUAUCAAUGAGAUCUUUGAGAAGAACCCAACAAAGAUAAAGAACUAUGGUAUUUGGUUGCGGUUUCAGAGCAGGACUGGCUACCACAACAUGUACAAGGAAUACCGUGAUACCACUCUAAAUGGUGCUGUGGAGCAGAUGUACAAUGAGAUGGCUUCCCGCCACAGGGUCCGGUCCCCCUGCAUUCAAAUUAUUAAGACCGCCACGAUCCCAGUAAAGCUUUGCAAAAGGGAGAGCACCAAACAGUUCCACAACUCCAAAAUCAAGUUCCCAUUGGUUUUCAGGAAGUUCAGACCACCCACAAGAACGCUGAAGACCACAUACAAGGCAUCAAGGCCCAAUUUGUUUAUGUAAUGUGUAGGCGGAAAAGAGUAACACUUGGGGCCUUUUUUGGCAGAAACGCCCCCUCUUGUUCUUGCUUGAUUUUGUUGAGAAUUAUAGUACGCUGUCAUUGGAUUGUAGUCUUGUUAUUUUUAUAUUUUUAUUGGAUAUAAUCUUAAUCUUUUUUAUAACUCAGUAGAAAGAAAGGAACAUAAAUUUUUGUCUAUCUUGGAGUUCUACUAAUAAUCACAGAUGAAA